CCAAUUCUCUCUUCUUUUAAUUUCAAUGCACAUUCAUUGCGAGGGGAAAAAAAAGGAAUUACUCAAACCUUAGAAGCCCCUGUAUUGAGCACAUUCAUUCAGCCAUGGAUGAAGAGUAUGAUGUUAUAGUCCUAGGGACAGGUCUUAAGGAAUGCAUUCUCAGUGGUCUUCUCUCCGUUGAUGGACUCAAAGUAUUGCACAUGGACAGAAAUGACUAUUAUGGUGGCGAAUCGACUUCUCUUAAUCUUACGCAGCUUUGGAAACAUUUCAAGGGUGAAGAUAAGCCUCCAGAGCAGCUAGGUGCAAGCAGAGACUAUAAUGUUGACAUGGUUCCAAAGUUCAUGAUGGCCAAUGGCAGUCUGGUUCGUAUUCUCAUUCACACUGAUGUUACCAAGUAUCUUAACUUCAAGGCUGUGGAUGGUAGUUUCGUGUACAACAAGUCAAAAAUUUACAAAGUUCCGGCGACUGAUGUUGAAGCACUGAAAUCACCAUUGAUGGGGCUAUUUGAGAAGCGCCGUGCCAGAAAGUUCUUCAUUUAUGUCCAAGACUAUGAUGAAAACGAUCCAAAAUCUCAUGAAGGACUUGACUUGACUAAAGUAACAGCAAAGGAACUUAUCUCAAAGUAUGGGCUAGAAGAUGAUACAAUUGACUUUAUUGGUCAUGCCUUGGCACUUUACAGCAGUGAUAAUUACUUAGAUCAACCAGCUUUGGAUUUUGUUAAGAGAAUGAAGCUCUAUGCAGAGUCUUUGGCACGGUUUCAAGGAGGAUCCCCUUAUAUCUAUCCACUAUAUGGACUUGGAGAAUUGCCUCAGGCAUUUGCACGUUUAAGUGCAGUUUACGGCGGUACUUACAUGCUCAACAAGCCUGAAUGUAAGAUAGAAUACGGUGAUGACGGGAAAGUUAUUGGCGUAACUUCUGAGGGUGAAACUGCUAAGUGCAAGAAAGUCGUUUGCGAUCCAUCUUAUUUGCCUGAUAAGGUUAAGAAGGUCGGAAAAGUUGCGCGUGCUGUUUGCAUAAUGAGCCACCCUAUUCCAGAUACCAAUGAUUCUCAUUCAGCUCAGGUUAUUGUGCCUCAGAAGCAACUUGGUCGUAAAUCAGACAUGUACCUUUUUUGUUGCUCAUAUGCACAUAAUGUGGCUCCCAAGGGAAAAUUCAUUGCUUUUGUUUCAACAGAAGCCGAGACCGACGACCCCAAGGUAGAGUUGGAGCCCGGAAUUAAGCUACUUGGACCUGUAGAUGAGAUAUUCUACGACAAUUACGACAGAUAUGAGCCGACUAAUGACCAUACAGCCGAUAACUGCUUCAUAUCUGCUAGUUAUGACCCAACAACACACUUCGAAACCACUGUGAAUGAUGUGAUCCAGAUGUAUACUAAGAUUACUGGAAAAACUCUUGAUUUAUCAGUGGACCUGAGCGCUGCAAGUGCCACCGAAGAAUGAAAAAUCUUGGAAUUCUUUUUGUGCUGUCUCAUGCAAAAGCAUUUCCAUUGUCUCUUUUAUGUUUCAUAUUUUUUUUAGAUUAUGCAGAACUCAAAAAGUAAAUUUAUUUUUUUCUAUAUAAUAAUUCUUUUUCUUC